AUGUCAACCGAUGCCUCUCAACUACAUACCAAUCCCACCUCACUAGCCGAUCAAGCUAAGGAUGGUACUACUUCUGACGAUGCACUUAAACAAAAAGCUGGUGCAGAGGCUAACAAAGGACUCCGAGGAAAGGCCGAUGCACUAUAUCAGGCAGCCAAUGCACUUAAGAAUGCAGUUCAAACUGCUAAAGGUAAUGAUGGCCAGGCUGCCAGUAAUCUUGCCGCUGAAGUCGGUGCUAGUGAUCAGGCUCCUACUGGUGAUCCUACUAAUCUUCGACAGGCACUCGCAGCACUUGCUGAUGCUCAAGGUAAUGAUCUAACUGAGAAGGCCAGAGAGGUUAAAGAAAAAUACUAUGAUGUAAAAUCUAAAUUCGAAGCAGUUCAGAAACAAAAAGAUAAAUAUACUAAAAAUAAGGGUCAAGAACAAUAUCCUCUAGUUGUAGAGGCAUGGAAUGCUUUUAAUACUAAGUAUAACUAUGUUAAGUUCGACAAACACGCCAUCGACGGAGGACACGAACGUCGGAGAUUUAACGAUGCUCCUGAGUAUGAUGUCGAUGGCGGUACUCUUGGUAGUAGACUUAAACUUAAAGCAGGGGAACUACAGACUGCGGCCACAGAACUUAAAGACAAGGCUCAGAAUGCUGGUGUUAGUGAACUUAGUACACAUAAAUAUAAUGCCCAAAAACUAGCCUCUGAAGCCCAGAAACUAGCCGCCAAUAGUUCUGGAGAGGCUUCUAAUCAUGCCACCAGUGUAAUAGACAAAUUCAACAAUCUGGAAAUUGCAUACGAUGGACUAGGUCCUGCUGACAAGCCUAAGGUCAAAUCCGAAUUCGAAGCUGUCAAACAUAUAUACGACCGAAUGCUCAAUGUCACUAAAGCCACCAAACUUAAAACUCAGGCUACUACUAUUAAAAGUCAGGCAGGGACACUAUAUGGUAAAGCCAACACACUAGCCGGUGCCUCUGGAGUAUCUGAAAAACAAGAUCUUACAGACCCAGUAGAAGCACUCAAAAAAGCUAUAGGAGCCAAUGAACGUGUCCCUGGUCUCCAAAAGGCCCUCUCUGAUCUCAAAACUGCUGAGGUAGGUAAUCUCAGGGACUUAAUUACCAGGGCCCAGGAGGUAAUCAAUAAAUACAACGCAGUCAAAUCCGCCUACCAAGCUGUUGAGGAAAAAUCAGCUCAAUAUCGAAGUGCUCUUACAGCAGGUGGUGGUACUGAAAAGCCAUACACCGAUGUUGUAUCUAAAUUCGGACAACUUGAAGGAGCCUACAACAAGGCCAAGUGUAAGGCUAUCACUCCUAUUUUUGACAAAGAGUGGAUUAGAUAA